CUCGGCCCCGGAGGAGAGGCGUCUCAUCUGGUCACCUCACCGGGCAAUCGUCCCAGCGGUGAUUUGGACUCCUCCGAUUUGCGCGAUUGUUUCUCCAAAAUCGAGUUGAAUGGCACAAUAAACAACGGAAUCGCCACCGUCCUCCCAUCGACCGCGACAGACUGUCACGGUCUUUCUCAAACUCAGCUGAACAAUCCGGCACGCGGUUUUUGGGUCGAUCGACCGUCCGAGGAAACGAUUCGAUCACUGCAUGCCCGUUUGGGAUUUGUGCUACGCGAAGCGGUCGAACUUCACACCCGUCUCGGACUGCUCCUAGUCCCCAGCAGUCCCGGUGGUCCACCGGAAUAA